UGUUGUAUUGAUGUUUGUGUUUUGUUUUGAAGUUUGUAAAAGUUGUAUUGGUUUUUGCGUUUGAAUAAUGAUUAGGUAAUGAUUAGAUGAAAAGAUUGAAGAUUUGAAAUUGAAAAAUGUUUGUGUUUGAGGGAUGUUUGAGAACAAUAUUAUUCUAAGGCUUCUAUCCCAUACAUCAUCUACAUGGCAUAAUUUGAUUUGUAAGAUUUAAAUUUUAAAAUUUAUUUUUCAAAUCAAAUUAUACCAUGUAGAUGGUGUGUGAUGUAGAGGGCUUAGAAUAGAGUUAUUAGAUGUUUGAGAAUGAAAUUAUGAGAAUUUUUUAGAAUUUUGAGAAUUCUAUAUCUCAUAUUUGUGUCCAGACAUCCCCUAAUCUUAUAUUGUUCAAUAUAAACUGUUUUAACUUAUCAGGUCUUUCAAGAUCUCUUUUUUGCAAGAACAAAAUACCUUUCGAGAGCUCUUCAUGAUUCAUUCUUAACUUUUGUGGGGUAUGAAUCUAAAGGGGCAAUGGAUCUCAAGAAGUAUCACAAGUUUUGGAUUGAUUUUCUCAAUAUAAUGGUUCCGGAUUAGCUGUACAGUUUCCCCCCUAGAGUAUUGUUAUAGCACUGUAAGCAUAUAAAUAUAUAUAUAUAUAUGACUUUGACCUGAUUGUAUGUUGGACCCAAGCUUUUCUUUGAAUUUUUUUCUCAGGUUGUGGACAAGGAAAGAGAAGGAGAUAGCAAUUGUUACCCACAGUGGAUUCUUGUUUCAUACCCUAACUUCGUUUGGAAAUGACUGUCACCCUUCUGUGAAAAAAGAAAUAUGCAAACACUUUGCGAAUUGUGAGCUUCGUUCUAUGGUCAUUGUUGAUAGAAGUAUGGCAGGUUCAGAUGACUCGACAACUAAUUAUCCAGGAAAGAUACCUUCUGGGCUUGAUCUCCCAAAUGAUGUUGCGGUCGAGAAGAAAUUGGAGAAAGAAGAGACAGAUUCUGGAUUUACAUAGUAAAAAAUCAUUCUUCCAAGCUCUGGUUUCUUACCAGACGUUCCAACAUGUUCUGCUGGUAUCUUUAGAAUUUAUAUUCAAAUAGAGGAGUUUGAAUCUGACUAAUCAACAAAGGGAUGAACAAUGAUUCCUUUUUAAAUGAAAAUUGGAUGAACUAGAUAAUUAGGUGAUAGAGAUACUGAAAUAUCCGGAACAACUCAAGCCAAUCUACGCCUGUUCCAUCACCA